AUGCCCUCCCAACGUCGACGCAUUCGGAGGUCCCGGGGCCGAGGCCUGCGCACGACGAGCGGAUGGAGGCGACAUCUCAAGUGCGACGAGAUUAAACCGAUCUGCGGCCCUUGUGCCAAAAAUGACAAGCUCUGCGAAUAUGCAGCUUCGGCCCGUCGCAGCUCCCCCCAAUAUUCGGGUAUCAAUGAUGUCGCCCGACCAGUCAUACCGGAGACAUUGUCUCCGCAACAAGCUAACCAGAACUCAUUGAACGGAUACCUCACAAAGCAUGCGCAACGUGAUAACCCUGAGGGUAAUGAUCUGCAUAGGGCCAGCUUUGAGCCUGAGUUGAGUCCAUCUCCGUCUGCUCAUUUGGCAGACUCCGACAUAGCUCCAAAUCAAAGUCCCAUCGCACCCCAGAAUAAUUAUCUGUCGCCAUCAAAUGCUUCAUUUGCAGCGGCCCAAUGGUUUGGGCUACUGGCAAGUGAUGCCGCCAGAGACAGCCCGCAACUACAGACUGUCUCUGACACUGUUCCUAACACCUAUGCUACUCAAAUUCUCGCUCUUGAUGAUUCCGGUACAAGUAAUGAGACCGAACCUAGUUCACUGCAACGCGCGACCCAGGUACUAGAUAGUCCUCACCCUGGUACUAGUGUGAGCCAGGAAGCAGCGGAAUGCGGCGUUCCGGGUGGUCAUAGUUUGAGAGAAGUGCAAUUCUGGCAAGCUCAAGGACCUAUUGAACUCCUACCAGCUGAACAGACUUUAUUUGAGCAUUUUGUGUACCAAAUCGACCUCUUCGACCCAAUGAGCCAAUUCUCCACGCUUGUAUCUCACCUUGCUUUACGCAAUGCGGGACUCAUGAAUGCCAUCCUCGCGCUCGCAUUUCGGCAUCUGGCAUUAAAUCCACGUCUGGAUACCGAAGAAAUGCCUAAUAAGGAGCAGUCAGCUCUUCAAUACUACUACCAGACACUUCACUAUGUGCAAAGAGCGAUGCAAUAUUCUAGCUACAAGACAAGCCUUGAACUGCUCGCAACAACUCUCAUCAUUUCUGCUUACGAGAUGCUGGACAACUCUACAAAUGACUGGGAAAGACACCUAGAAGGAGUCUUCUUGAUCCAGAGAUCUCAAGUAAUUCACGGAGAGUCUGGCGGAUUGCAUUCUGCUGUUUGGUGGGCAUGGUUAUGCCAGGACAUAUGGGCCGCUUUCAGAGAGAAACGCAAGACACUUACUUUCUGGGUUCCGCAAAAGCCACUCUCUGUGCUGUCACCAUAUGAGCUAGCAUCCAGGGCAAUCUACAUUACCGCUAAAGUGGUCACCUACUGCGCAGAGUCUACGGCCAUGGACAAUAUCCAACAUCGUAUUGAAGGAGCAAUGAACCUUCGCAUUAUGCUGGAUGACUGGAAACGACAUCUGAGCCUUGAGUUCUCACCAUUACCCCUGGGUCCCAAGAAAGACACGACAUCUUUUCAACCUGUCUGGAUCCGUCCACCUGCCUUUGCCGUUGCGAUUCAGUUUUUUAGUGUCUCCAGGAUGUUGCUUAUAGCCAAUGAGCCUAACCUGGGUGGACUGGAUCAAUAUAUGGAUCGACAAAAUGUGAUCAAACAUUGCGUGGAAGAUAUCUGUGGUAUCGCCAUGACCUUGAAAGAUACUGCAUCUAGUUUGAUGUCAUCGCAAGCAUUGUUCAUUGGCAUGUGA